GGCGAUGAUUUUAUCUACAGAUUUUAUUUUCAUGUCGUACUCACUAACGCACUAAUUCAUAGCAAGAACUCAUUUAGUGUAGUUUUAUUUGUUUUUUUUAAACGUUUUAAUUAGAUGUUAUUUGUUAGAUUGUGAAUCUGUUUAUAUGUGGGACACCCCUGUCGAUACUGGCUACUACUUCUGGCACUUCCUUGUUCAAAAGUUUUAUUUAGGGGAAGGCUCCAGGAAAAGUUGGUCAGCGGACUGGCUAUUGGCUAUUGUUUCGACGUUGCUGUCCCACAUUAAGGGCAUGCAUUACAUGUGUGAUAUAUUUUUUAGCAACUAGCGUGUGGCUGUCGCAGCUUUUCUCAUGGCUGUAAUUACUGGAGGCUGGCUAACUUUGCACUGAACGGCUCCACAAAGAGGAAGAUGUCCACGGCUAACGUUAGCGAAGACAUCAGAGCGAAGUUUCCCCUGCAUUCAGCAGUGUGGGAGAAUGAUUACAGGAGACUGGAAGAGCAGAUAACGUUACCACAGAAUGACAUCGAGGCUGUGGAUCCCAGAGGCCGGACCCCUCUGCACCUGGCCGUGUCGCUCGGUCACCUAGAGUCUGUGAGAGUCCUUCUGAGACACGGCGCACAAGUGACUAAAGAAAAUGGCAUGAAUUGGACAGUGCUUCAGGAAGCAGUCAGCACCGGAGAUCCAGAGAUGGUUCAGUUGGUGCUUCAACGCAGAGACUACCUCAAAGCCUCCACUGCUCUGGGAGGAGUGCCUGAGCUGCUGUCAAAGAUCAGAGAGUCUCCAGACUUUUAUAUGGAAAUGAAGUGGGAAUUCACCAGUUGGAUCCCCCUUCUGUCCCGGGUUUGUCCAAGUGAUGUUUGUCGCAUUUGGAAAAGUGGCGCCUGCCUGCGAGUGGAUGCCACUCUCCUAGGCUUUGAAAACAUGACCUGGAUCAGGGGGCGCAGGAGCUACAUCUUCAGAGGAGACGAUUCAUGUGCAGAGUUGAUGGAGGUGAACCAUGAUGAUGAAGUAGUGGACACUGAACGCUUCAACAUAUCCCAAGAAAUGGAGGAAGUCACACUAGAGUCAAUGCAGCCAGCUGAACAGGAAGUUGCCAAGAGGUUGACUACUCCUAUUGUCAACACCUACUUGGACACAAAGGAUAUUGCAUUUGAAAGGACCAAGUCUGGGAUUUGGGGCUGGAGAAGUGACAAAAUGGAAGUAGUCAACGGAUUUGAAUCAAAGGUUUUCAGUGUGAACAAUGUAAAUGUGGUAAUCAGGACAAGGACGGAGCAUCUUACAGACGAGGAGAAAGCCAGGAUUAAAAGUGAAAGGAACAUCUUGGAGUCUCUGCUGGGGACUGUGGAGCAACACAUAAAUGCACAAGGGGACCUUACUCUUGAGUAUGCAACUGCCAACAAUCCCACUGCAAUAACUCCAGAGGAAUAUUUUGAUCCAGACUUUGACCUUGGGAACCGAGACAUCGGCCGUCCCAUUGAACUGAGCAUUCGUACUCAGAAGUUCAAAGGUACACUGUGGAUGAGCGAGGAACAUCCCCUGUCACUGGUGGAGCAGGUCACCCCCAUCAUUGACCUCAUGGCUCGGACCAGUUCCCACUUUGCACGGUUACGAGACUUUGUGGCUCUGAAGUUUCCUCCUGGAUUUCCUGUUAAAAUAGAGAUUCCCCUGUUUCACGUGCUGAAUGCCAAGAUCACAUUUGGUAAUGUAAACAAAUGCAGCACCGAAGAGGAAGUCAACACCACGCCGGCCGCCACACCAACGUCCUCAGGGGAAGACGAAGAAGCAGCAGCAUCGCCUCCGUUCCAGGUCUGUCCCUCGGUGUUUGAGGUGCCGCCGAGUUACCACCGCAGAGGGGGCAGCCGCCACAUGCCCGUGUCCCACAAUGACGAGGACCUUUUGCAGUACGCCAUCCAACAGAGCCUCCUGGAGUCCCGCAGAGGCCCGAACCAGGAGGGGGUCUGGAAUGACGCUGAUGGGGAACUCACUGACGUGAUGCCAAGUAGCCAGAGUGACAGGAGUAUCCCAGAGGGCGUGCUAGUGGAUUACGCGGACACCUCCAGUCCAGCCAGCUCCGCCUCUGCCUCCAGCCCCGACUCAGACCUCCGCCUGGCCAUGGAGCUCUCUGCUCGGGUUCAGGAAGAAGAAGAGAGGAUGAGGAAGCAGGAGGAAGAGGAGCUGGAGAGGAUAUUGCAGCUAUCGCUCACUGAGAAGUAAAAGGGAUAAGAGGGAAUAAUAAUAAUAACAAUAAUAAUAAUACAACUUUUCCAGAUGCAGAAGCAACCACCACACCUCAAUUUUCCUUCCUAACCACUCUAGUCAUCUAUGCAACCGCAGAUUCAUCUCUGUAACAGAUCAUUCUCGCACAGGCAAUAUCAAACUCUCAGUAUCCAAUAUAUUGCAAAAGGUAUUUUUGGUAAGAGCAUACUCUUUUGUAUAUUUCUAUCCCGGCUUAAUGUGUAUCCAUUUUCGAGCUUGAUUCACGGGCUGUCUGAGAUCAUUUUGGUUGGGUUCUAUUUUUAUAUUUAUUUACUUUAAUUUCCGACUCAGAAUCACAGCAGUGACCCAUGUGUAUUGAUUAUAUUUUUGUGUGGAGCGGGGUUCGAAUCUGCGCAACUUAGGUUCUAUGAACAAAAAAAGGUCGACUACUCGAGGUGACUUCAUGCAGUGUUGACUCUCAGACGUGGCACUAAGUGUCCAAAAAAACUGUUGAUUUGUAGUUUUCUUACUAGUACUGUGAUUUUAUAAAGCUAAAAUGAACAUCGUAGCACAACAGUUUGUCCAGUCCACUAGUGCCGCCUUGAGAUCUGAGUGCUGUCACGAUGACAUGUUCCUCCAGAGUCACUUUUUUUGAGAAUCAUGGGCUCACUGAAUAGCGAAAUCUCAGGGUUCAGACUUCACGGAUUACCCCUUCACUUUGGAAUUCAUUUGUUAAUUGGUUGUAAAACCCUGGUGCAGAACGGUACCACUCACACAUAUCAUUCUACGCUAUAGCAAUUUAGUCGGGUUAGUUGUGUCGAAUGUUUUUCGAAUAUUUUAUGGAAGAUGGGUUUAAAAAGCAUGUUGCUGUGAGAGAGCUUACAUUAGCCACGUGGUAGCAUAUCUCUGCUGCAACAAGGGGGGGGGGGUCAUUUUCCUGGCCUGAUUUAUCAACAUUUCCUUUUGACUUUGUGGUUAGAAAGGAUUUAUUUUUUUUAAACUGUCACUGAGCAACUUCAUCUCAGACCAAAAAAAUGCAAUCGCAGAGACCAGUCUGUCUGUGGGUUUUCUGUCAUGCAGCUUAUUAGCACUUAGUGUUGGAGAGAUUAUUCCAGUUCCUGAUGACGGUCGUCCUUUUUGUAGCCAUGAACAACUCGAGACCUCCGAGCAGAAGACGGCACAGACUCUUAAGAUCACGCAUGCCUGCCAUAUUGUAGUUUCGUCAGCACGUGCCAAGGAUUGCUUUGCUCUGAUUGAGGCGUGGUGACAGUUUUAUAUAGUGCCACUCAUACAAAAACUUUGAACAGAUUUUUAACAUUUUGAAGGGGUUUCAGUUGUACCCGGGUGCUGCUGAGUAACAUGCAUUAACCACUAUAGUAGAUUUCACUGACAGCCAACCACUUAAUCAAAGGUCUCCGCCUCCGACUGCGUCAGGAGCUUCAUCUGAUCGAUUACUUAUUGGAACGACCGUGUUGCCAAACUGCUGAACAGUCAACUUUGAAAAGACGAGCUUUGCUUAAUUUGAUGCAAAGCUUUGCAAAGCAACGUUCCAACUGCAAGUUUUUGUUUUUUCUUUUUUUUAAGAUGUUAAAAUUUUAAGAGAAUGUGUGAGUUUCAAAAUGUUGUUCUAAAAAUGUUCUAAAAUAAAAGCACUUUAUUUCCAUGAGGACUACA